GAAAGCACACGCAAAUACAACCUUCCCUCCUUCACGCGUAACACUCUCGGCUUCACUACAUUUGUUUUCCUCAAGGGCUGGAGCCUCACGCUUUCCUCGGCCCGGGGCCUAAGAACAAGUAAACCCUACCUUCGUUGCACUUUCCCAAAGAUCAGCUAUGAGCGCAUCUGAAGUACGGCUUGGAAACAUAGUCGAGGUGGCCGCGGGGCGUGGUGUGGUUCGUUUCAUGGGACCGACCUCUUUCAUGGCCGGGAAAUGGAUUGGGAUCGAACUAUACGAGGCGAAUGGAAAGAAUGAUGGAUCUGUUGCAGGCACUACAUACUUUGCCUGCAAGCCGGCACAUGGCAUCUUCGUGCGUGCACAACACAUCAAGGGAAUCUUUGGGUCGGAGAUUGAGCGACCUGCCCCAACCACCCGCCCGUCCAUAGGUCAUCAGAGAACAAACAGCUUACGAACGAACUCCAUCCGCCCUGGAUCUUCGAUAACGACAUCGCCGUCCCCGCGCUCGGGGAGUCCCGCUAAGCCCACUGCAACCCCGUCACCCGUACUAGGAUCCCCCUCGCCUUCCAAAGCUCGCAACCUGCUCCCGCCCCGCAAAUCUUUAUCAAGCUCGUCUCCACCGGGACGGAAUGUCGAACCGCCCUCGGUGCGAACUAACGGCAUACAGGCUCCUGCGGCUGCAGCUGCAGCUGGCCCGACUGUCUCGUCGCCGCUGACUAUGGCUCCAGCACGGUCAAUUUCGCCGCCUGCUCCCCCCGAACCAGAACGUCCCCCAUCACCCGCCCGCCCUUCCGUCAGCGAACAGGAGCUACAAGAGCUCCGAGUGAAAGUGCGAGUUUUGGAGGCGAGGCGUUCUGACGAUUCGAAGCGUCUGAAAGAAUUGGAGGACCGCGUGUCGGAGAAUCAGACAUUCAUCGCCUUGAAACCCAAGCUGCAAGCCAAACUCGCGUCACUGCAGACGGAACUUGUUGAAGCACGCAGAGAACUGGCUGAUGCAAAACAACUGGCGGACUUGUCGGAAGGGCGUAUCCUCGACGCUCACGAGCAGCUUGAGAUGGCGAUGUUGGACAAGGAGGUUGCAGAGGAGCGGGCCGAGGCAGCCGAGGCCGAGCUCGAGGAAACUACAGAGAAGUUGGCUGUUGUGCAAGUCGAGUUGGAUGUCCUCAAAGAAGGCGGCGCAGUCCCUAGUGAGGUCGAAGAUGAGGAGGAGGAGAGCGAAGAGACUGGUGAAAAGAGCCAUCCCCGAGUCAAAGAUGCGCUGGCCUUCAUCCAGCUGGAGAAACAGAACGAGCGUUUGAAAGAGGCCCUGAUCCGUCUUCGGGAUAUGUCGCAGGAGACAGAUCAGGAUCAACGCAGACGCAUCACGGAAAUGGAAAAGGAUCUCACUGGUGUUGAGGAGCUUCACUUCAACUAUGAAAACACACAGAUCAGACUGGCAGACGCUGAAAUACAGAUUGAGGACCUCAAGAUGCAGUUAGACGACGCUCUCGGCGCGGAAGAUCUUCUGGAACAGCUUACGGAGCGCAAUUCCAUGCUCGACGAGAAAAUCGAGGAAAUGCGCAUCACGAUUGAAGACCUGGAAGCGUUGCGAGAGUUGAAUGACGAACUUGAAGAAAGCCACGUCGAGACUGAACGGGCACUGCAGGAGGAUCUUGAAUCGAAGGAAACACAAAUUCGAGAACACGUUCGACGCUCUGAAACAUUGGAAGAAGCUUGCAAUGAUCUCGAAGGGACCAUUGGCCAAUUCCGUGAGCUUGUGCUGCAGCUUCAAACCGAGCUGGACAGUCUCCGCGCGCAAACCCAAGUAGCUCAAACCGAGUCCCAGACCGCCGCCUCUCAAUCUGCGGCCAUCAUGUCGCUGAACAUCAAGCUGCAAUCCUCUGCCUCCAAGAACCAGGCCAAGAUUAUCGAAUUGGAAAUGAAGCGGAUUGAAGUCGCUGAGACCCGUGAACUGCUCAACAUUGUUCAGCCAUACCUGCCUCAAAUCUAUGUCGAAACAGACAGUGACGCCACAAGUUGCUAUCUGUUCUUCCAGAGACUGGCGAACAAGGCCGACCUGAUCACAAACUUGGUUUCUCAGAACAACGGCUUGCCUGAUUCUCUGAAUGGCUCAGUCUCGGAAUCCCUUGUCGGAGUCUGCGAUAUGCGUGGUCGUAUAUCGGCUCUUUCGAUCCUCUGCAAGAGAUUUGCCGCCAUCAUGAGGCGGUGCGAUGUAGAAUCUUUCCUGAACAUCGGCCGUCUGUACCAGGAAAUCGCGCCCAUGGAGAAACGGAUCGACAUGCACAUCGAUCUCUUGCGUCGAGAUGAGUUCCGUGAAAUGGAAUGUGUGACCGAUGUUGUCAAGAUAUCGGCUCAGUUCGACCAUCUUGCGGAGACUUACUUUGCUGGAUUCGAUCUUGAUCUCGGCGAAAGGGAACUUGGCUACCUUGUCUCGUUCGACAUGGAUCUCGAUCUCUUUGCGGCAUCGAUUGGUCUGAGCAAGACUUCGAUUUCGAAUUUGCUUCAAGAUGAAGAAACGGCUCAAGAUCUCGGUGGAUACGAUAUCGAUACCGAGCUUUUCGAACCACUUCAGCGUCUGCUUGACCAGUACAAGGGGGCUAAAGCCGUGUCCAAGAAGCUAACUAAGCGACUGGAUGAUUUGCUCAAGGACUCUGCUGCGCUCAAAGCGCAUCUGGUUCCUCAGAUGACCGCUCUCAGUAACUUUGUGCCAGAAUUAGUCAACUUUGGUAUCUCUUUUGCCCAACAAAUUAUGCCCCACAUUAGUGACGUUCGGAGCUCCAAGACUCCCUUCCAACUGUCGACGGUCAUGAGCCUUGCGAAGCAGAUUGCGUCGUCAACGGUCGCCAAAGAUCUCAAGCCUGGUGUUUCCGUUUGGGAGGCGAUUGGAAACUCGAUCACCCAGUUAGUUCAAGACGGAUCUAAACUGCUUCCUCUUGUGAUGGAGGCAGAGAACACGAUCAAAUUGACCGGUGUUUCACCGUGGGUGAGGCGAGUCGACGAAGUCAAGGCUAGCUUGGCAGUCAACCUGGAAGCGGAACGCCGUGUCUCUCAGCUCAACGAAGAACUGCAGAGUCUUGUACGGACUCUCAAGCAGAAGGAUCAGCACAUCCAAGAAGCAACCGUCAAGAACGAUCUGAUGGAGCGGAAGAUGGAAACCGUCAAACGCCAAGCCGACUCGAUCACGGAGAAGGACAGCAUCAUUGCCGACAACAAGCGCCGACAACGCGAGCUUGAGGAAGCGCUUGAACAGGUCCAAGGGGAUUUAGAUGUCUCCGAACAAGAGCGAAUGAAGUUGAAGACUCUGGUUGCUAACGAACAGCGGCAAGCUCCGGGCGCAGCUGCUCCAGAGCCGGAGAAUGUUCCGGUCGAGGCCAAUUUGGAAACGUCGGUCUUGUUGGAUCAGAUUGACGCUCUCCGCGGGACAGUGCGCUACCUGCGGACAGAAAACUCGUAUCUCAAGGGUCAGGAUCUACUGCGGGAGAUUCAGACACUCCCCUCGCUGCCAGAAACCAUCAGUCGGUUGUCCACCCCGCCAUUGGAUCCAUCUGGAUCAUCAGACACCGAAGACUCGGAUUCCGACGAUCAACCCCGUUCACCACCGACUUUGCGCUCCCUUGCGACGGAGACGAAGCUGCUCUACCGCGAUGUCAUCCAGUUCUCGUCUGCUCCGCGUGUCGUCGACCUGGCCGCCCUGCAAGCCAAACGGGCGCAGGCCAGUGGUGGUCACGUGUGGAUGCGCAAGAAGCACAUGCCGGCACAGCAAGUGCUUGAGCGCAAGAUGGAAGCAGAGCGGCUCAGUCGCCGGGUCAAGGGAUUAUUGGAUCGGACUAAUGGGUUUGCGGUGUAGUGGCUAUCUUAUUCGCUUUGUUUAUGUUCUGGAUCUGGUUCUAUACCCCCGCAUCUCUAUCCACAUUUAUUGCACGCUAUUACUGCAGUACUUUCCUCACACCUUGUAAUUUACGAAGACCUUCCAUCAUCGCCAUCAUUGAUCACAUCGGGGCAUCAAAUUUUGGCAGGUGGAGGAGCCUGCGAGCCUCACUGCUCUGCGCUCACCUAUGGCUCGCGCCGUGAGGGACGACCGGAGUUCGGACUCGCUGCGACCUCCCUGUUGCCAUGUCCUCUUAUUCCGCCCUCAUUACGCGGAUAUUAACCUCGCGAGAUGCAGCCACGGGACACUCGCUUAGAUCUGAUGUUGAUUGAACGCACGGUCGGCGGUCGCUUGCCACGCGCCGGGACAGGAAAGAAGUAGACGGACGGGCUCCGGUUCUCUCAGGCCUCUCUUGGACCUAUCCACUCGUUUGCAUGUUUUCUGACUCCAAGUCGUCGUCCGCGUCCUCUGACAGCCUCUGGAAACUCCCAGCCCUCCGGCGCCGCACUCUGUUCGUGGGAUGUCUCGCACUCGUCGUGCUCUCCGUGGGCGCGUUUUCGCGAUAUUUUCUGUACGCGGCAGAGCCGCAUCCCAUUUCUGCACAUGUCGGCAUGAAGCUUCGACCCGGGCUGUUGGUCGUUCCGCCUGCGCCAGCAGAGGAUCCUCUGGGUCCGUCGUCUGUGCUGAAGGGCCCGCCUACGCAGUCCUUCCGGGAUAAUCUGAAACCUGGACAGAAGUACAUCACAUCUUGGACCUCGGCUGGAUGGACGAACGACGUUAUAACUUAUAUCAAUCUCAUAUAUCUCGGCCUGAUCACUGACCGCAUUCCAAUCAUUCCCCCAUUCCUUCCUUCACACGUCGGCAGUCAUGUGCCGCCCAUACCAUUCGGAGAGGUUUUUGAUGUCCCUCGAUUACGCAAGGAGCUUGGGGUUCCGGUCCUCGAAUGGAAGGACGUCAAAAACUCAAGCAGCCUUCUCAUCGAGGAGCUGGGCUGCUGGAACUUGUGGGAAGCAGUCCAAGACAGUGAAGCUUAUCCACGACCGAGUCGGCAUCCCAGGGAACUCGGGCUCGACAUCUCGUAUACGAAGGCUCCCAAUUGGAUCAAGAUGAUCCCUGACUCUGCGACCGACCGCCACAGCACCUUCUGGUCCAUUGCGUCGCUGGCAUUUCCCGAAACUCGCAAUGCUCACCUGGUUCCUCCAUUGCCCUCUCCGAUCCGUCAAGAAGCGCUAUCCCCCGAUGAGGAUCUUCUCUGCUACGACUACCUGUAUUAUGUCUCCGCACACAGACCUUUCGAGUUCGGAUUCGACUACAGCCCGGCGUGGCGAUUUGUAGGCACGCAUAUGCACUGGACACCGAGAUUAGAAGAACUUGCAGAUGACUAUCUGCGCCUUGCUCUCGGUGUCCCCAGCCACGAAACAAUUCCUCCUUUUGUCUCUGUGCAUGUCAGACAUUACGACUUUGAGGCAUUGUGCAACGACCUUCCGACCGAAGAAUGCUAUGCAUCGCUGCCCGUCAUCCAGCGAAGAGUGGAAGAGUUGAAGGCCGAUGUGCUCACGCGGCAAGGGAUCAGGAUCCACCACGUCGUCUUGACUAGCGACGAGCGCGAUCCGAUCUGGCAGCACGAAGCCGCACAGCUAGGUUGGUUCACCCCCGAUCACGAGACUACCGGCCAGCGCUACGGGGAAUGGUACCCUGUUCUCAUUGACGCAGUGAUUCAAUCCAGGGGCGCAGCUUUUGUCGGUACAGACCGAUCAACGAUGUCGGUCAUUGCUGGGCGCCGUGUCGAAGACUGGCAAAAAGGACCCGUCGUGCAUGUCAAAUGGGGCACCCCUUCCGCUGAUGAUCAUUGAUUUUUUCUGGGCAUGGAUCGGGGUAUUUUCGCUGAAUCCGCAUUGAUUUGUACUGUUGUAGCACGGCGUUUAUUAUGGGACAUUUAAGUACACCAGAUGUCAUUGGUUAUUGGUUAGGAAUAAGUGAGGUACCAACUUUGUACUACGGACACCCUAGUAAAUACAGCUUAAUUUACA